AUGGGCUGGGGCGGCUGUGGAAAGGAUUGGGGCGCUGCUGCUGGUGGCUGGGGCGGCGGCGACGCUGGCUGGGGAGGUGACGGCGGUUGGGGAGGAGGGGGGUGCAGCAAAGGAGGUGGUGGAGGAUGGGGUGGUGAGAGCAGCAAGGGCUGUGGUGGUGGAAGCUGGGGGGGUGACAGCGGCAAAGGCUUUGGUGGAGGAUGCAAGGGUGGCAAGGGCUACGGAGCUGGUGGUGGAAAGGGCGCUGGACCCGGCAGCAAUUGGGGUGGUGCUGGUGUUUGGCAGCCCAUGUUCAACCCGAUGCUCGCGAUGAUGAUGAAGGGCAUGGGCAAGCAGACCACUGGCCUUCGAAAUUUCUCCAACGAAAAGAAGGUUUGGAUAGGAGGGCUGCCAGCCAACCAAGUCAGCAAGGAGGUCAACAUGAAGAUGAAAGAUCACAUGUCCACAGCUGGCUUUCCUUGCUUGUAUGCAGAGAUCGGCAAGAGUGGCAGUGGAGGUGCUGCAUUCAAAAGCGCUUCAGAGGCUCAGAGUGCUUGCGCUGCGCUGAAUGGCUCUGAUUGGGGAGCUGCUGCUGGUGGUUGGGGCGGCGGCGACGCUGGCUGGGGAGGUGACGGCGGUUGGGGAGGAGGGGGGUGCAGCAAAGGUGGUGGUGGAGGAUGGGGUGGUGAGAGCAGCAAGGGCUGUGGUGGUGGAAGCUGGGGGGGUGACAGCGGCAAAGGCUUUGGUGGAGGAUGCAAGGGUGGCAAGGGCUACGGAGCUGGUGGUGGAAAGGGCGCUGGACCCGGCAGCAAUUGGGGUGGUGCUGGUGUUUGGCAGCCCAUGUUCAACCCGAUGCUCGCGAUGAUGAUGAAGGGCAUGGGCAAGCAGACCACUGGCCUUCGAAACUUCUCCAACGAAAAGAAGGUUUGGAUAGGAGGGCUGCCAGCCAACCAAGUCAGCAAGGAGGUCAACAUGAAGAUGAAAGAUCACAUGUCCACAGCUGGCUUUCCUUGCUUGUAUGCAGAGAUCGGCAAGAGUGGCAGUGGAGGUGCUGCAUUCAAAAGCGCUUCAGAGGCUCAGAGUGCUUGCGCUGCGCUGAAUGGCUCUGUCUUUGAGGGCCACACUCUCUCCAUAGAUAUGUGGGGCAAAAAACCACCACCUUGA